CGUUUUAGUAUAAGGCAUCCGUCUCGGCCGCCGUACUGGACUACACUUCCGCCUUGACUACAUUUCCCAUGAAUGACGCAAGCAGCGCGUCUAGGUCUAAACUCUCACCAACACACAAACGAGACGAAUUAUAACACACAACCAGGCUUGGAGGAAGAUGAGGAUAAAGGAGAUACUAAGGACAGCGACCCAAGCAUGGAGUCCUGCAAGCCAACAUCCUGCACACCUGGCUCUGGGUACGGCUGCCCAGCAGCUGGACGCUUCCUUCAACACCAGCUCUGCGCUGGAGAUCUUCGAGAUGGAUUUUGCUGAUACAUCCAUGGACAUGAAGCUCAGAGGAUCUCUGCCCACAUCCAGCAGGUUUCACAGUUUGAUUUGGACAGCGUUUGAUACGGAGGGUAAACAUUUAUCUGGGUGCCUGAUUGGAGGCAGCGAGAACGGAAGCGUGACCGUCUACAGUCCGGAUGCUAUUCUGAGCGCAGGAGACGACGCCGUGAUCGGACAGUCCAACAAACACACAGGUCCUGUGCGAGCGCUCGACUACAACCGCUUCCAGAGUAAUCUCAUCGCCUCAGGAGCCAACGAUUCUGAAAUAUACAUCUGGGACUUAAACAGUUUCAGUAAUCCAAUGACACCAGGAGCAAAAUCACAGCCAGCAGAGGACGUCAGCGUGGUAGCGUGGAACAGUCAGGUGCAGCACAUCCUGGCAUCCGCCAACCCCAGCGGAAAAGCCGUUGUGUGGGAUCUGAGGAAGAACGAACCUAUCAUUAAAAUCAGUGACCAUAGCAACAGGAUUCACUGUUCUGGGAUGUUGUGGCAUCCGGACGUGGCCACUCAGCUGGUUUUGGCAUCAGAGGAUGACAGACUUCCUGUGAUACAGAUGUGGGACCUUCGGUUUGCAACCUCACCACUCAAAGUUCUGGAGAACCACACCAGAGGGAUUCUUUCAAUCUCGUGGAGUCAGGCUGACCCUGAGCUGCUGCUGAGCAGUGGGAAAGACAAUCGCAUCUUGUGCUGGAACCCAAACACUGCGGAGGUGAUUUAUGAACUGCCGACAGCCAAUCAGUGGUGUUUUGACGUGCAGUGGUGUCCUCGUAACCCCGCCCUCCUGUCAGCUGCAUCAUUUGAUGGGCGGAUCUGUGUGUACUCUAUUAUGGGAGGGCGUCUUCAACAGCAUCAACACAGUACAGUGGAUCAGAUCUCAGCUUCAUUCGACACCAACGACCCAUUUGGAACGGGUCAGACUCUUCCACCUCUACAGGUUCCUCAGCCCACAGUAGAGACCACCAUCAUCCCUCCUCUGACGAAGCCGCCUAAGUGGGUACGGAGACCCGUAGGCGCUUCAUUCGCUUUCGGUGGGAAACUGAUAACGUUUGAGAAUCCUAAGCAGCAGCAGCAGCAGCAGUCGACCCAGCCGAUCCCUCAUCAAGUGCACGUCAGUCAGGUGACCACAGAGACGGAGUUUCUGGAGCGCUCGACUGAGCUGCAGUCGGCCCUGCAGUCCGGAUCUUUCUCCAGCUACUGUCAGAAGAAGAUGAAGAGCGCGCCCUCCGAUGCCGAGCAGGACAUAUGGAAAUUCCUCAUGGUGAAUUUUGAAGAUGAAGCUCGUGUGAAGUUCUUGAAGCUGUUGGGAUUUAGUAAAGAUGAGCUGCAGAAGAAGAUCUCUGCAUGUUUGGGAAGGAGCCUGCAGCCCAAUGGUUUAGAUGUGAAUGCUUUGGCUGAAAAGAUGCAGACGCUGUCUGAUCAGAUGGCAGAUGAAUCGGGCGUCGCUGGUGGUGAUUCCCAUGCAGAUUUCUUUACUCAGCUCCCUAGGAAAGAGAAAGAAUCGUACCGCAUCCCUGUGUCCUCAGACACGGAUGGAUUGAUCAGUCAGGCCCUGCUGGUCGGUAACUUCGAGGGAGCCGUGGAUCUGUGUUUAAAUGACGGACGUUUCGCCGAAGCCAUCCUCCUGUCGAUCAGCGGAGGGGAGGAGCUACUGAAGAAGACCCAGCAGCGGUACCUCAAGCAACAAACCAACAGCGUAUCCAUGUUAAUCUCAUCAGUGGUGACACAGAACUGGCGUGAUAUCGUUCAGAGCUGUCAGCUGGAUAACUGGAAGGAAGCGUUAGCCGCCCUGCUCACGUAUGCCAACCCAGAAGAGUUUGCACCUCUGUGCGAUACUCUCGGCUCUCGUCUGGAGGCUGAAGCGACAGAGAAACGAUGUUUACAGGCGUGUCUGUGUUAUAUCUGCUCUGGAAACAUCGAGCGUCUGGUGGAGUGUUGGACGUUUCAGAGAGAUUGUUCUUCUCCUCUUACACUGGAGGAUCUGGUGGAGAAGGUGAUGAUUUUGCGUAAAUCAAUCGAGCGUUUGCGCAGCGGUGAGGUUUGUGUUCGGAGCUCGGCGCUGACAGAAAAACUCAUCCAAUAUUCCAGCAUUCUGGCAUCACAGGGAAGUCUGAGUGCUGCGCUCAGCUACCUGCCCGAAAACUCUGACCAGCCGGGUGUUAGGAUGUUAAGAGAGAGGCUGUCUCAUGCGAAGGGUGAGAUCCUGCAGAGACAACAACCAUCAGGACCAGCAGGAGGAGCCAAACCAUCAAGCAUUACAAACACACGCGCACCAUCGGCAGCCACAACACACACACAGGGGCAGUACCCACCUUCAGUGCCUUCUCAGAUGCCCCUGCCAGGGCAACAGCCAAUGCCACGUCUCUUUACCCCUCAGCAGGUUCCUGAUUCUGGCCCUGCUGGAGUUUCACGCCCGGGGUUGAGACCGGCAUACCCACAACACCCGGCCACAGCGCCAGGUUUCCCCCCCUCUCAGCCGUUCACAUCGCAGUCAGGACCUCUGGGUGCACCUGUUGGUUUUAUGUCUGGUCCACAGAUGCCCCCCUCCAGCCUGUCAGGCCCCUCAUCUCCACCAGGACCCCUGAUGCCAGGUAACGUCCAGAGAAUGGGUGCCCCACCUGCGCCAGGAUUCAUUUCACCCACCUCUAUGCCAGGAGGAGCACCUGUAUUUCCAACAGCGCAGCACGCUCAUGGCCCUGCGCCGUAUCCACCUUUAGGCUCGGGGUAUCCACAGGGGGGUCCGGGAGCUCCGGGGGCCAAAAGUUUCAGUUCUGCUGGUGUCCAUCCUCCACCUACAGGUGUUCAGGACGGGUGGAACGACCCUCCAGCUUUACGUGUAGCUUCACGGAACCGGAAGUUAUCAGAGAACUACACCCCUCCCGCCCCCAUCACCGCCCCUGUGAUGGGUUUUCCUGUAGAAGCCCCUGUGUCUCAGGACAGAGUUCAGGUGCCGCCCGGUGCCCCUCAGGAGCCCAGCACACGGUCUUUGCGUCAGCUUCCUGUUGAGUGUGUGGAACAGAAAGAGAUUCCUGCUGAACACAUGAUACUGAAGACCACCUUCAGCAGCCUGGUGCAGCGCUGUCAACUGACCGCCGCAGAUCCGCAAACGAAGAGAAAACUAGACGAUGCCUCGAAACGCCUGGAGAGUCUUUAUGACAAACUGAGAGAUCAGACGCUGUCACCCAGCAUCCUCGCCGGCCUGCACGAGAUCAGCCGCUGUAUCGCCGCACGCCACUAUCAGCGCGGUCUGGAGGUCCACACGCAGGUGGUGGGCAGCAGUAACUUCAGCGAGAUCUCAGCGUUCAUGCCCGUUCUCAAAGUUCUCAUGACCAUCGCCAAUAAACUGGCCGUCUGAACCCAGCGCCCUCAUCGCUCCUGUCUUAAACACAAGCGUUUUCAUUUCUUGUUGUUUAUCUCUUGUAAGAAUGAAUACACCAAUAAUCUCUGACUGUAUUGCCGCUUCUGAUGCGUUUGCUGCUUUCUCUCACACAUUCACCCUCGCUUGUUCAUGGACAAAAAUAGAACAAAUUUCAUAAAAUUGCCCUUCUGAGGCAAAUUGCUGACUGAAGUGCAGUUUACAAAAUUGUCUGAGGGAUUUGGCCAAAUGUUUUUGUGUUGCAGAAUAUUGUCUUGUCUGCUGUCUACAGUUAGGGUUAGGUCAUAGGUCUGUGUUAGUGGACGAUGGUCAUCUUUAAGUGACUGAUAAAAGAUAAGAUGGUUGAUGUUCUGGUUAUUCUUGAAUUGCUUUAGUGGGUUUGAUCUCAAAACACUCCACAUGCUCUUCAGCAAACUCGCAUAUCUUCAAGAGUUUCUUCAUGUUUAUGGAAGCGCAGAUGAUUCAAUGUUUUUCUGUUUGAAUGUAAGUGAAUCUUAUUGAAUGUGAGCCGCUUAGUUUUCCACUCCAAAAUCAAAGAAAAAAGAAAUGCAUUUUGCUUUGUGUAAAGAUAAUGAAGCUUAUUUUCAAAGCCGUUAUGAUUUAUCUUUUGAUUUCUUUAAAUCCACCACCAUCACUCAUUACUGCAUUCACCUGUUUUACUCUUUCAUUGUUCUCAAUGAUGAGCAAAAAAAAUAAAUUGAGUUAAAAUGACAUCUUUAUAAAGGCAGUGCAACAAAUGCCGGUUCUGUAAAUACUUUCAAUUUCAAUAUUUAUUUGUUCUGCCUUACUGUAAUCAAGUGUAGUCAUCAAUGUCACAAUGCAAAACGAUAUUAAAGCUUCUAGAAAUAGGGCUGGUUUUCAUAAUAAAUAUGCAUCAUGUUUGAUUUGACAUGACCACGCUUACAGUAAAAGUCUGAAUGUUUAGCUUGAUUACUUAUAUAAAUUCAUGUUCUGCUUCUAUCAAUCAGACGGUCGUCUGUGUUCUUAAGCAUCAUAAAUCUGGUUCAUCUUAAGUGAAGGUGAAAUUAAAUUUAGUUCAGAUCGGCCGUUUAAUUCAGUUUUGUUUAUUAAGGGGCCAUGAAUGAAAACUAGGGCUGUCACAGAUCAAUACAGGUUCGGUACAAAAGGAAAAAGCAACCAAUUUUAAAUGCUGCUACUGCUACGUUUCUUUUAUUUUGUACAGAUAGUCGUGCAAAUGACCCAUGAAUCUUGACCCAUGAAUCUUUUAAAAGCCCCUAACCUAAUCCUAAAUCAAGCAAUCUGUCAAUUCCUCCAGAAAACAGCGUGAGGCGCACUUGAGAGUUCACAUAUAUUUCAAACAGAAAUCGUUUGGAUUAGUUUAUUGUGAAAUUUGGAUAAAUAAUGGACAAUAUCGCUUUGUAGCAGUGCUGCACGAGAAUUUAUGAAGUAUUUUAAGAAAAACCAGGUGACCCCCUAAUGAAUAUUUUUAAGUGCUUUAAAUGGGGUUCCUCAAUGCUUAUAAGGGGUGCGGGACCACCUCAGCCCCCCUCAAUUUGAACACUGGUACAACCUCCCUAAGCCUAAGAGAAUACAUGCUUGUAUAGGACCUUUAUUUUAUGCCUGUACACUUAUGUGUGUCACUAUGAUCCAUCUAUACAAAACUAAAUAAACGCAUAUGCUUUUUAUGCUC